UUCUGAAGUUUCCAAAUGCUCUAUUAAUUCAUUCUUUGAUAGUCUGGUCAGCAGUAAUUUUUUUUAAAAAUUUUGAGGUGUCAAAAUACUUUGGCUAAUACUGUAAAAGUAGUUUUUCUGUAACACCUUGUAUCAUUAACUAAUUUUUUUUUGAGAGAGCCUCUGAUGAAUAAAUGACAUUUCUUUCUUUAUUAAAGGUGAACCGGAGAUAUUAAGGAUGGAUUAUUUAAAUGUGCCUUCAAAGAAAAAAUGUUCUGUGCCCAGUUGUCCUGGUUCACGUGUUAUGCACCGAUUUCCUCAGGACCCAGCUCGGUUACAAGUUUGGCUCAGUCGUAUUAAUAAUCCAGAACUUACAAUAUUAAAUCCUGACACUUUGUACAGUAAUCGAAGAGUCUGUAGUUUGCACUUUGAACAAAAUUGUUAUGUUCCGAACUGUGGGAGGAAACUGUUAUAGCAAGAAGCUUGGCCUUCUUUACAGUUAAAUGCAGUUGAUGCAAGUAACUCUGCAGAAGCCGGUGAAUUGAUAUCAUUGGAACAAGUAAACACCCCUAAAACGCAGCAUAUGAUUGAAAACUAUGAACCAUCAAAAGAGUCAAGUGAAUCCCAACCAAAAUCUAUUGCUACAGCUUCUGGAGCUGUUUAUAAAACUCCUUUGAGAUCAAGAAUUUUACAAGAAGUUAAUGUUACUCGGCAAGUCAUGUUAACACCAAAAGCAAGACAUUUGUAUAAAAGGGUGAUUAAAACGUCAAAUAAAAUGAUACAGUUGAGGAGUAGAAUGAAAAGUUUCCAGGAGAGGUUAAAUGAAGCCAAAAGAGUCGCCUCUCAAUUUGACGGUCUAUUGGAAAAGGUUAAUAAACCUACCUAUAAUUUCAUAAUGUCACAAAUAAGAACCCAGAAACAAAAACCAAAAGCCCGAAGAUUUACUUUGGAUGAAAAGAUUUUAUGCCUCAGUAUCUUAAAGGCAAGUGGAAAGGGCUAUAGGCUCCUGGCAAAGGUGUUCACUUUACCUUCAAAGACAACUUUAACGAAUCUGUUGAGUAAAAUUCGUUUAUCAGCAGGUAUAAAUAGCCACCUAAUAAAAUCUUUAAAAGAAAAAGUAAAGAAGCUCAAAGAAGUCGAUCGGACGGCAAUUAUAAUAUUUGAUGAAAUGUCUAUUAAUAUGGGGUUGACUUAUAACCAAAAGGAUGAUUGCAUAUAUGGCUUCCAUGACUUAGGAGACAAUAACAGAAAAGCAUUACUGUCUAACUAUGCCAAUGUUGUCAUGGUCAAAGGAGUAUACAAACAUUGGAAACAACCAUUAUGUUUUACUUUUAGUAAUGGGCCAAUAACUACAUUUGAAUUGAAAAGUAUCAUCAAAAAGGUAAUUGGAACAUGUCAAGAAGCAGGUCUUGAUGUUGUGGCAACAGUCUGCGAGGGGUCAGCCAAUCAAGCUGCGAUCAAAAAUCUUAUUGAUGAGUCUAAGGUAGAUUUUUUGAGGAGAAAUGAAGAAUAUCGACAUUUUGGCUUUUUUGUUAAUGGGAAGGAAAUAGUUCCACUUUUUGACCCACCACAUUUAAUAAAAGGCAUAAGGGACAAUCUAUUAACUAAAGAUCUACACUUCAUUAAGGAUGGCGUUAAAAGAGUGGCUAAGUGGGAGCAUUUAGAACAGUUUUAUAUGUUGGAUGCAGAAGAUGAAGAUCAAAUUUGCAGUAAUUUGACUGAUAGCCAUUUUCAGGGACAAAAUCAACAAAAUGAAGGUGAAAUGUUGUACCCAAGUUUUUAGCAAUCGUGUUGGAAGUCUA